GAGCUUUCUUUAGAGAUAUAUUUUUAGUCGGUUUGGUGUCCCAAGGACACUUAUUAGUGAUAGUGGAAGUCACUACUGUAACAGACAGCUGGACUCACUCCUACAGAGGUAUGGAGUCCGUCAUAAUGUGGCAAUCCCUAUCAUCCUCAGACAAGUGGACAUCUUGAGGUUUCUAAUAGGGAACUCAAGAGGAUUCUAGAGAAGUCCAUUAGUGUCUCAAGGAAGGACUGGUCUAGGAAGCUUGAUGAUGCUCUGUGGGCUUACCGGACAGCAUACGAGACUCCUAAUGGCAUGUCCCCUUAUCAGUUGAUCUAUGGUAAAGCCUGUCACUUGCUAGUGGAGCUGGAGCAUAAAGCUUACUAGGCAAUCAAGAUUCUGAACUUUGAUGCUCAGGCUACAAGAAUUAAGAGAAUGCUUCAGUUGAAUGAGCUUGAUGAAUUCAGAUAUUCAGCCUACGAGAAUGCAAAGCUCUAUAAGGAGAGAACUAAGAUAUGGCAUAACAAGAAGAUUGCCAUCAGAGUCUUUGAGCCAUGUCAGAAAGCGCUUCUAUUCAAUUUAAGGCUUAAACUCUUUCUCGGGAAGCUGAAAUCCCGGUGGUCAGGACCGUUUGUAGUAACCAGAGCUUCACCGUAUGGUCAUGUAGAGAUUUAGGAAGAGAAUUCUGACAGGAAAUUCACAGUUAAUGGCUAGAGGUUGAAGCACUAUCUUGGAGACGAGAUUGAUCGCCAAAGGUCUGCUCAUCUACUAAACUAGCAGAACUAACCGUCAAGCUAGUGACGUUAAAGAAGCGCUUGUCGGGAGGCAACCCGAUAAUUUCGUAUCCUUAGUUUAAUUUCUGUUACGCUAAUUUUAUUAUUUAUUUGAUUUUAUUUGAGUUUCAACUGUUUUUCCUUUGUUUUACGUGUGUUUUGAUCAUGCAGAAUAUUUAGAACAGGAACCCGGACACUUAGAAGAAUUUUUGACCACCCUGGAUAUGUAUGCUGCAGACUAGGUGGUGCCAAACUUGGUUCCAAGUUUGGCGCUGGAUGCUAUGCACAGCUUGGAGUUUGCUUCUGGAAGGUUGAAGCUAAACUUGGAAAAUUCCAAGUUUGGUACUGGAAACAACGUAUAAGGAGGAGAUUGGGAAGAGGGUGGCACCAAACUCCAGCUUUUCCAAGUUUGACGCCACCAUAAGGUAUCACACGUCUCAUGCUCUCUGCCAGGGGGAUGCCAAACUUGGCUCCCCUGGUGUGAGGCAGAAGGCAAUGGGAAUUGUAGUGGUUCCUGGUGCCAAACUUGGAGAGUCCAAGUUUGGCUUCAAGUCCUUAUUCUGCUGUAGCUUCGUUUCUCCUCGAAAACUCUGUCAACUUCGUCCAAAGUGUUAUCUGAAAUAAAUAGAAUUGCACACGACUCAAAGUGGCAUUCAUAGUGGCACAAAUAUAUUAAAUCUUGAUUAAACUUAGCAAUUCAAAUGCAAAUUCACUAGGAAAAGAUAGGAAAGAUGCUCACGCAUCAACAAUCCUACCCGAACGGAUUGGUCCGGGUUGGGUACCCGCUGGCAGGGUAUAUAUUGCCAGCCCUAAUGGUAGAGGGAGGGUUCCUGCCGGUACUACUGGGAAUUUUGGAUCAUCUCCCACAACUCCAACUACCCUGGUGAACAGGUUUUGGGUGCAUUGGACCAGCCAUUCAUCAUGGUCCUAAAUUCUAACUACGUCCCUGCAUCUACGGCGACGACGCCUCCAGCGAUGGACCCCGUGUCACUGGAAUCCUUUCAUGGAAGCCAGCUAGUUGAUGCCCGUUUGCUACCUCCCAUCAUACGGAUGAUGAUUUAGCCUGAUGGUAGAAUCGCCUGAACUUUAUAUGGGUACAAAGAGCAUGAUGCCCUCAUCAGGAAGAUAUAUGACCAUCGUAUGGGUAGGCGGUUGUAGAGCUAACAUGACAUCGGUCAAGUUCUCCAAGUAUACUAGCAGCUCAGCAACCUUCAUGAAGACUAACGCCAGACUGUCGAAGUCGUUGAAUCACGAUGCAACAUUGGCGAAAACCUUCAAGUACACCCAUACUUUGAAGGAGAACAAAGAGAGAUUUGCUGAUCAACGGUCUGCGGAUCAUUAUAGACUGGAGGCCGCAACUCAGCAAUCUCAACAAAGUCGGGAGGACGCCAGUGGUGCUGCUGCUUCAGUUGUUGAUCCCGAUACGGUUUCGCGGGAGAGCGUCUCAGCGCCAUACAAGAAUCGCGUACAUGGGUUGGGGUCGUUCUUCGCCAGCAGCCUCCGCACUUCCACAUUGAGGCCAUCAUCCGUCUGUGCCACCAAUCAAGCCGUCGAUCCCGACAAAGGCAUUCAUUUAAGGCUGCAGGUGCAAGAGCUCAACCGGAACCUUCACGAAUAGGCUCAAGAGCUAAUUGAGACUUGGGAGAGGUAUCAGGAGAUCCUCACAUGUGUAACCUCCAUGGAUGACCUCAGGCUGGAGUGGAGGGAGCAGCUGGAGUGGUUUCAGCGGAUGGAGCAACAGAUGGAGGUGUACCAGGCUCAAAUGCGCGCUGCUGGCAUCGAUUCUGCUGGUGGCAGCAGUAGUGCUGCUGGUGGGACACAGAUAUCACCACCUCCUCUGCCGCCUCAGUAGGACUACAGGAACGACGACGACUACUACCAGGAUCUUUAGUGAUUAGGAAU